AUGCCGAAAUACAAAUGCCCUUUCCCUGCAUGCACUUAUGAAACCGAAGACGUAGAAGACGGACUUGCAGCUGUCUUACUAACAGUCCACUCUAAUGGUAUACACACACCAACAUCACCUCCAACACAACCUGCUACAAGAGUGGAGAAAGUCAAACGCCCAACAAUCUCCUCCGCAGGGACAAGCGAAGAUUGGUCUUACUUCCUCUCCCGUUGGAAGGAUUACACCGAAGCAACCAAACUCAAGGGCAAAGACGAAGUCCUUCAACUCCUAGAAUGUUGCGAUGAACAAUUGCGCAAGGACCUUACACGUAAUGCAGGUGGCUCAAUUGCAAACAAGCCAAUCGAUGAGGUUACCCAGGCAAUCAAAUCGCUCGCCGUGAGAGAGGAAAAUCCCAUGGUAGCUCGUGUACAACUCCACAACAUGCACCAGGAUCGUGACGAAGCCAUCCGUAGCUUUUGCGCUCGAGCACGCGGCCAGGCCAGCGUGUGCAAAUUCACCAUACCUUGCCCCAACUGCGCCACAAGUGUGAACUACACCGAUAAUAUACUAUGUGACGUCCUAACACGAGGCCUGGCUGACGGUGAGAUCCAACUAGACCUUCUUGCUGACAAAAAACAGGACAAAACCCUAGAGGAAGUCAUACAAUUCGUUGAAAGAAAAGAAUCCGGAAAGAGGUCAGCAGGUCAGCUACUCCAAAGCCAAGGCGCAGAUUCUACUCGCAGUCAAUACCGUCGAGGCAAAAAUGAAGCAAGGAAUACCCCCAUUGAGCAACAACCUACCCAAGACCAAAAGGACUGUUGCUCUUAUUGUGGUAAACACGGACACGGCAAAAACGCACCCCCGAAAAUAAGAAAAAAUACUUGCCCUGCCUAUGGCCAAACCUGUGAACAUUGCGGCCGCCUUAACCAUUUCAAGAAUGUUUGUCGCAGCAAGGAUAAACCCAAACGACGAGCACCCUCCCAUGCUGGCGAAGGUGCAGUAUUUGAUGCCUUAUGCUCAACAACCGGCAACAGCCAACCCCCUCGCAACCAGGUUUUGCUCGAUCACCACCUAUACGACAACCUCAACAAUCGCUGGACCAAACAACCCUCUCAACCUCAACCAUUCAUCAAGCUUACAGCUACAGUCCACCCCGAUGACUACCAAGCUUUAGGAUUCCAACCCGCAACUCGACAAAUCAAAACCAGAACCCUCUCCGCGAUGGCAGACACUGGCUGCCAAAGUUGUUUAGCUAGUAUGAACGUUGUUCGCCGCCUCGGCCUGCGUGAAGACGACCUGAUACCAGUUACCAUGCACAUGCACGCAGCAAACAACAACGGUAUCAAAAUAAUCGGUGCAGUGAUCCUGCGAUUCUCGGGACAAUCUACCUCUGGACAGUCCCUACAAACCCGCCAAAUUGUCUAUGUCACACAUGACUCUGACAAGUUAUUCCUUAGCCGAGAAGCCUGUACAGCACUGGGCUUAAUCUCUUCCACAUUUCCCACUUUUGGCGAAAGUCCCUGCCCAACCACGGACCCCGAGACAGCCUCUACAACAGAACUUCACCCACCAACGCAACCCAAACCCCCCAACGAACCACCCAUUCCAUCCUGUGGUUGCCCGCAUCGCAGAACACCACCACCUAAACCAACACACCUCCCAUUCCCAGCCACGGAAGAUAACCGAAAACGCCUACAACAAUGGCUACUUGAUUACUACGAGUCAAGCACAUUCAACACCUGUGAGCACCAACCGCUACCCCUAAUGGAAAGCAUCCCCAUGCGACUCAUGGUUGACCCAAAUGCAACACCUGUUGCCCACCACAACCCUGUCCCUAUCCCACUUCACUGGCAAGCAGAGGUGAAAGCUGGCUUGGACCAUGAUGUUGCCUUGGGUGUUAUCGAACCCGUACCUGUCGGAGAACCCGUAACAUGGUGCCAUAGGAUGGUUGUGUGUGCAAAGAAAACUGGGAAACCUCGCCGCACGAUUGACUUUCAAGCCCUCAACGCUCAUGCAACCAGGGAGACCCACCACACUCAGAGCCCCUUCCACCAGGCCCGCUCCAUCCCAAGUGAUACCAAGAAGACAGUCUUUGACUGUUGGAAUGGCUAUCACAGUAUCCCACUACACAAAGACGACCAUCACCUCACAACCUUUAUCACACCAUGGGGCCGAUAUAGGUACAAAACUGCUCCGCAAGGCUAUAUAGCCUCUGGUGACGGUUAUUCACGAAGGUUUGAUGAACUAGUCGCCCAUGUGCCAAACAAAACCAAGUGUGUCGACGACACUUUGCUGUGGGCGACCGACCUCCGCAAGAGUUUCUUCCAGGCAGUCGAUUGGUUGGACCUAUGUGGCCACCAUGGCAUCAUACUGAACCCGGAAAAGUUCGUCUUUGGAGCUGACACUGUGGAAUUUGCUGGAUUCGAAAUUACCCCUGACAGCGUGCGUCCUUGCAAGAAAUUCCUAAAUGCAAUCCUCAACUUCCCGAAACCUACCAACAUAACCGACAUCCGAUCUUGGUUCGGUCUAAUCAACCAAGUCUCUUAUGCCUUCUCCUCCACAGAACGAAUGCUCCCGUUCCGCGAGCUACUUAAGCCUGGCUCGACAUUCCAUUGGACUCCUGAGCUAAACACCUUAUUCGAGGAAUCCAAAUCAGUGAUCGUCAGCGAAAUCGAGAGAGGCGUACAGAUCUUUGACAAAUCAAAACCAACAUGCUUGGCAACGGAUUGGUCAAAAAACGGCAUUGGAUUUUGGUUAUUCCAAAAACAUUGUACCUGUGAUUCCACUGACACGUUCUGCUGCCCAACCGGGUGGAAAGUCACACUAGUCGGCAGUCGUUUCACCCAUGCCGCAGAAUCGCGAUAUGCGCCAAUAGAAGGAGAAGCUCUGGCCGUAGCUGAUGCUCUCGACAAGGCCAGAUUCUUUGUCUUGGGCUGUACCGACCUCACAAUCGCUGUUGACCACAAACCAUUAUUAAAAGUGUUUGGCGACCGCUCUUUCGAAGACAUACCCAAUGGCAGACUACGAAACCUCAAGGAAAAAACCCUUCGCUAUCGGUUCAAAAUGGUCCACGUCCCCGGCGUUAAGCAUAGAGCUGCUGACGCUCUAUCUCGCCACCCAACAGGUCCAACCAACCCAGAAAGGAUGCUACUACCAGACGACGUCGCAGCAACCACUGACUCAGAAGCCACCUUCCCCUUCAACAACUUUGGCUACUUUUUCCUAGCAGGCAUCCGCUCUCAGGAUCCACCACGCAACUACAACCCAGAUGAUCAACUAGCUUCAUCAGCCUUGGCGGCACUCAGCACCAUGGCAAUAACAUGGGAGAGAGUUAAGCUGGCGACCACAAGCGACCAUGACAUGACACAAUUGAUCACUCUCAUCGAAUCUGGGUUUCCCCAGCUCAGACACGAAUUACCACCCAACCUUCAAGAAUACUACCCAUUCCACAACCAUCUCCAUACCAUAGACGGUGUCAUCAUGUACAAGGAGAGAAUUGUCAUCCCACCCCCCCUCCGCCCACACAUCCUCAGUGUACUACAUUGUGCCCACCAAGGAGUGACCUCCAUGAUAGCACGAGCCAAGUCAACAGUCUUCUGGCCAGGCAUCACUCCCUCUAUCACAGCGCUUCGAACCAACUGUCAACACUGCAACCGCAUGGCCCCCUCUCAACCCAGCGCCCCACCCUAUCCUCCCACACCAGCGAUCUACCCUUUUCAAUGCAUCUGUGCAGACUUCUUUCACCACAAAGGCAUACAAUACCUCGUAAUUGUUGACCGUUACUCGAACUGGCCAAUCAUCGAGCGAGCACAAGAUGGGGCGAAAGGUCUAAUCAACUGCUUGAGACGCCUGUUUGCCACUUUCGGGAUCCCUGAUGAGUGUGCUACAGAUGGUGGCCCAGAAUUCACUGCAGCCUCCACCCGUCAGUUCUUUAAAGAUUGGGGAGUUAACCACCGUCUUUCCUCUGUGGCAUUCCCGCAUUCCAACUGCAGGGCUGAGAUAGGCGUUAAAACCGUUAAACGCAUCAUAACCAACAACACAGACACACGAGGAAGUCUUGACACCGACUCCUUGCAACGCGCAAUCCUACAAUAUCGCAACACACCAGACCCAAACACCAACCUAUCCCCCGCACAAUGUGUCUUCGGCAGGCCCAUCAAGGACUUCAUCCCCAUAUUACCAGGCCGAUACAUUCCCCACCCCACAUGGAGAGACACCCUAUCUGCCAGAGAGCAAGCUCUAAGAAACCGCCACAUGCAAGCGUCAGAACGCUGGUCCGAACACACCAAACGACUACCACCCCUGAAAGUUGGCGACCAUGUUCGCAUCCAAAAUCAAACUGGCCCCCACCCCACCAAAUGGGAUAAAACCGGCGUUAUUGUGGAAGUACGCCAGUUUGACCAAUACGUUGUCAGAGUUGAUGGUUCCGGUAGAGUCACCAUGCGCAAUCGCAAGUUCUUACGACAAUAUGUCCCUGUUGGUAUCUUACCACCUCGUCACACGAUCAUGGAUGAUCUACGCCACGUCACUACACCUCCAGCUGACAUACCAACCCUCCCUGACCCACAACCAACGCUACCCGAACAACCUCAACCUAACUACAAUGGCGAAAAACCGAGAAACCCACUCAAUCCCAUUCCACCACCAAGCAUCCCAACCGAUGAAAACCCACUACCGAUUACCGCCCCCAAUGUUGUACCAAUAACUCCAGGUACUCCACCACCCACAGCGGACCAACAAGCAACCGACAACCAGGUCCCUUCAAGAAACAAGAAACCACCAUUAGCCCUGAGAAGACUACUGGGCCACAAUAUAAAAGGACUAAAAGAAUAA